AGUGGCGUUGGAUGAACGAAGCCCAGCUGAAAAAUAGUCAUCAAAUUUUAUACGAAAACAGUCAAACGAUUAAGUCGACACACUGAUUUAAAAAGUGCUUGGGUCAUUCAUAAGUCCAUAAAAUCACAUAAAAAGAUUUGCCAUUUUGAAAAACGGAAAGGAAUCGUUAUUAUGGUAGUUGGUUAUCGUGGCAGUUUAUUGAGAUUCCUAAGAUGCAACGAAAACUAGGAAAAAGGUACAAAAUGGUGGACCAAAACUGCGCAGCUCACGAUCCAGACAGUUGUAACUGCAUGGCAAGCCCUCAGUCAUGUCUUUUCUCUUUCGCCAAGAAAACCCUGGAAGUCCUCGAUGUUUAUUUCUUGUUUUUCGGAAUGAUAAUCAUCAUUAUAAUCGGCGUUCAGUGGACAAGCACAGGAAUGUUCCUGGGUAAACUUCAAAUGCACCAUGUAUGYAAUGGCCUUUUGUUUUUCACCUUUGGACUUCAGCUGAAAGGCGACSAUAUUUAUGAAGGCUUGAAGGCCUAUAAAGCUAUYAUUUGGAGUCUGAUGGCUAUUCUCUUUAUAACUCCGUCGCUGGGAAUCCAAACUACCAAAACGAUUCACUUUGCGACGCUUUCUGAUGAGAAUAUCUCAACGUUACAUUCUCAUGUUCAGGCUAAUGUGUCUGCAAUUGGACCCACAGAAUUUGCUAUUGGAUUAGAAGUGUUUUUUGGAGUCCCUGCAUCACUCGCCUCCGGCAUAAUACUGGCUGUGAUAUCAGGAGGAAACCUCGCCUUAGCUCUCCUAACAACGCUGAUCACAAAUAUCGUGGGUGUAUUCUCUGUCCCUUCGCUGUUGUCAUGGAUGGGUUCCAUAGAUACUAGUGACGUCACCUACAAGGGAUAUGCCUUGUUGCUGGGAAUAUUUGUGCUUACUGUAAUCCUGCCGACUAUGGUUGGCCAAACAAUUCGUUUACUCCCAAGAUUACCAGAAUUUGUCGACAACAAUCCAAAGCCAAUCCAAUACAUAGUAAUCGUCUUGUUUCUUCUGUCAAUAUGGCCCGUCAUCAGCAAGACAGCCACGGACGACGAUAAAUACAGUAGUAUCGUCGCCACAAACACUAUGGCAAUACUAGGCUUCAUURCAAUCAUGCACAUUAUCUUUCUCCUCUUGAACUGGGUUGCCUGUGGUGUACUCAAGGUCGAACUUCCCCUCAAGAAAACUGUUGUCAUUCUGGCUAGUCACAAAGCCAUUCAAUUCGCACUUACCACAAUUGAGUUCUUUCCAGAAUCGUCAGGAUCGCGGGAUUUGAUGGGAAUUUCUUGUGUUAUAGCGUAUUUAGUUGUUCUAGGAUUCGAUUCGUUGAUUGUUUGCAAGAUAGCGACUGUCGAGGAAGAUCCUUUUGAUCACUUGUUCACCGAGGAAGAGAAAUAUCGAAAGCUGGGUGACUAAUCACAAAGAAAGUGAUGCAUAMACUCCAAUUCUAUUCAUGGACUGUGCCAAUUAAAGUCGUAUUCGCAAUCAUACACUGGAAAAAAUCGCGCACUUUUAAAGGUGGUAAAUUUGAUGUAAAUAUUGAGUAAGUGUCCAAAAUGAUGUAAACUUGAUGUAUCAUUUUGGACACUUACAUAAUGUUUACAUCAAAUUUAYAACCUUUAAAGUGCGCGAUUUUUUUCCAGUGAUAAGGAGAAAGAUAUUAUAAGUGACUGUGGCUAUGAUAAUGACUUUGUUUCAACAGCGUUGUUUUCGUUAUGUUUAUGUGGUUCUUGUUUUGGGUAUUUAGUUAAAUUUAUUUUUCAUAAGAGUUUUUAAAGAAAUGGGAUUUUAAAUUUGGUCAAAAUGGUAACGUGUUGUACCAUCACGUAAAWGCCGCCAUGUUGGAUCUUUCAACAAAAGAAUCGACUCGGGACGCUCGGUUUCAGAAAGUGCUGUCCUGUUCUUUGUUUUUCUAUGGAGAGUCUACAUGAAUCAUGAUGGAURGAGUACAACAAAGAAUUCUAUUCACAAGAUUUUUGUGGAUUUUAUUUUGUAAUUUCAGUCUCGAAAACGUCAUGUCCAUAAAAUGGGUUUUUAAAAAUAAAACACCUUACGUAACACAA